GGGUUGGGGGGGGAGGAAUAGAAUGCCCGCGGGGGAACCGGUAGGAGCGCCGAAGAGGGCGCUGAGCUACCGUCCGUUGCGGAGCCCGGCGAGCGCGAGGCUGCACGCGGCGCCGUCAGGGCGGCAGCAGAGAUUCUCUCCGGCGGUUAAGAAGCCGCCGGAGCCGCUCCGGAGGGUCGUCGCCGAUUGUCUAUCACCCUCCGCUCCCAACCUUCUCCAUGGGACCCCUUCCGCCGUUGCCUACGAGGCUGCCAGAACUCUCCGGGAUUAUAUAGCUUCCCCGUCAACCAUUGAUAUGGCUUACAGUGUACUUGUAGAACAUGCACUUGCAGAGAGAGAUCGCAGCCCUGCAGUAGUUCCCAGGUGUGUGGCAUUAUUAAAACGGUAUCUUCUUCGGUGUGUACCAAAGGUGCAGACUUUGCAGCAGAUUGAUCUUUUUUGUGCAAACUUAAUUGCUGAAUGCAAGUCUGUAACUAACCGAAGAGUAUCAUUAUGGUCAAAAUCAUUAAGUCAGCAUUCUGGAACAUCAGCUGUAGCAUCAAAUGCUAUUGUCCCUUCCCUGCCAGCAUCCAAUUUUGCAUCUGCCUCGCUUGUGAAAUCCUUAAAUUAUGUCCGUUCCCUAGUGGCACGACAUAGUCCUAAACUGUCAUUCCAACCAGUAGCACGAUCUGGUUCAUCAACUUCUGCAAAACAAUCUCUUCCAACACUAUCGUCAUUGCUAAGUAGAUCAUUUGCUUCUCAGCUAAGUCCAGAAGUUAUUAGCAAUAGGGACUCUCUUGGGUCAGGGGAAGAUUCUGGUCUGUUUGCUUCAGGAUUAUCAAGUCUAGAAAAAGUUGAUGGAGAAGAGAAUAAUAAGUAUAUAUUCUUAGAUCUCCUCAAAUGGCGAUGGCCUUGGGACAGAGAACACCAAGUGUCAUCUUUCACAAGAGAAAGUGAUUGUCUUAUGAGCCCCCACAAUGUCCAUAUUCAUGGUUUCCUAGAAGUUGGUGCUGCAGCUCUUCUAGUGGGAGACAUGGAGAUGAAAAGGAAGGAAAAGCCAUGGAUCUACUCAGUGAUGCAAGAUUUACCUGAUUUUGAUCUGUUGCAACCUUCGAAAGUUGCUGCAGCUACUAAUUUUGCAUCAGCUUAUAGCCAUCUGAAAGCAAUAACUGCAUCAAAACGCAUGAAACCAGGACCUCAUCAAGUUUGGAUAAAAGUACCAGCAAGCACAUUCCAUCCUCGAGCCCACCCUCUUUUUCAGUAUAGACACUACAGUGAGCAGCUACCUCUGAGGUUGAAUCCUGCUGAAAUCUGUGAAGUCAUAGCUGAAGUUUGCUCAGAAUCCUCUUCACCACAGGUGACUCAGUUGAAUGCCUCAUUGCAGUUAACUAAGCACGGUGGGCAGCCUGGCAAAGAUGUUGCAAUCAAUGUGCUCAUCAAACUUGUUGUUGACAUGUAUGUGAUGGAUGCUGGAAUUGCUGCUCCCUUUACCCUUUAUAUGCUAGAGGGUAUGCUUAGUUCGAAGAGAGUGGCUUCUAGGAUCCGUGCUUUUGAUUUAAUUCUAAACCUUGCUGUGCAUGCUCAAUUACUGGAGCCUAUGUUACCUGAAGAUUCUCCAGCAAUCGAAGAAGUUGAACCUUCACAAGAGCCUUCUCUGACCAAUGAAGAACCACUGGGGACACUGGGAAAGAUGAAUGCAGAAUCUAACCUGCAACAGAGGAUGACUUCAUCUGUUUUUAAUUUUGAGUCAUGGCUUCUGGUCAUAUUGUUUGAGAUUCUUCGUCUUCUUGUUCAGACAGAAGAAAGGGAAGAAAUCGUAUGGGCAUCUGCUUUAAGUUGUCUAUUUUGCUUUGUUUGUGAUCGAGGAAAAAUAUUAAGGAGCAGAUUGGAAGGUCUUGACAUAAGGGUUGUUAAGGCCCUUCUGGAGAUCAGUGGGGAACAUUCAUGGGCAGAGGUAGUUCAUUACAAGCUCAUCUGCAUGUUGACAAACAUGUUCUAUCAAACUUCAAAUGGAGCUCUGCAAGCUGCUUCUGAUGCUCCAACAUUUCUUGCUGAACAAGUUGAUCUUCUUGGGGGAAUUGAUUUCAUAUGUCUUGAGUACUCGCGAGCCAACUCAAGGGAAGAAAAGCGUGAUUUAUUUCUGGUUCUCUUCGACCAUGCUGUAUAUCAGAUAAAUGAAGCGUGCUUGGCUAGUGGAAAUUCUGCCUAUGCCUACGAUGAGAUAAAACCUGUUGCUUCUGUGCUUACUCUUGCAGAUGCACCUGAAGCCUUUUAUAUUGCUGUCAAGCAUGGCGUAGAGGGUAUUGGUGAGGUUUUGAAAAGAUCUGUCUCUGCAGCCUUAUCAAGAUCGACAAACUAUGAACGCCAAAUUUUGCUCUUGGACAAGAUCACAAGGAAACUUGAUGCGACCAUAAGCACAUUCACUCGAUUAGAUAAUGAAUUCUCAUAUAUGAUUCGAAUAACAAAAUCUUACAAGUCCCUUAAGAGUAUUGAGAAUGGACUUGGAGAAACUGGCAUUGGUACGAAAGCUAGACUGUGUUGGGCUACUGUACACUCACUCCUUCACUCAGAGAUAUCUGCUUUUCGUCAUCAAGGGUAUAUAUGGCUAGCUGAAUUGCUUCUUUCAGAAAUCAGUGAGGAUAGUGAUAGGGGAAUAUGGUCGAGUGUUAAAAAGUUGCAGCAGCAAAUCAGCAUUGCUGGCAAUCAAGAUUCAACUUCUCCAGAAGUACCACUGUCUAUCUCUAUAAUGUGCGGGCUUUUGAAGUCAAAACACAACUUUAUCCGGUGGGGCUUUCUUUAUGUUUUGGAGAAACUUCUAAUGCAAUGCAAAUUUUUGCUAGAUGAAAGUGAGAUGCAGCAUGUAAACCAUGAAGGUGUUAAUGAAAACUGUUUGGACAAAGCAAAUGCAGUUAUAGACAUAAUGACCACUGCUUUAUCACUGGUGGUCCAAAUUAAUGAAACUGACUAUAUCAACAUCUUGAAGAUGUGUGACAUGUUAUUUUCUCAAUUAUGUCUGAGGCUUCAGUCUGCGAAUGAAAUGCCUUUUAGGGAUGUUAAAAGCCUCAGGCAUCUUUUUGGUUGUACAACUGAAAUACACAAAGGUGACUUGGAAGCUCAUGUGUCACAAGAAACACUAUGGAAGAAUAAUAGCAGAGAGGAGCUGCCACAAAAUGUUAGCAGUAGUCAGGACACUGGUCAAGACACUCCAAUUUGUAAGACAGCAUCGGCGGCGGUGUUACUUUUGCGAGGACAAGCUAUAGCUCCCAUGCAGCUAGUGGCCCAUGUUCCAACAUCAUUGUUCUACUGGCCGUUAAUACAACUUGCUGGUGCAGCAACAGAUGACAUUGCACUAGGUAUCGCUGUUGGCAGCCAAGGAAGAGGUAAUCUACCUGGUGCUACAUCAGAUAUACGGGCUGCUCUUCUUUUACUUUUAAUUGGUAAAUGCACUGCUGAACAAGAAGCUUUUCAAGAAGUUGAAGGCAAAGAGUUCUUUAGAGGUCUUUUAGAUGAUACAGAUUCAAGGGUAGCAUAUUAUUCUGCUGCUUUUCUGUUGAAAAGGAUGAUGACGGAGGAGCCUCAGAAUUACCAACGCAUGCUUCAAAGCCUCAUUAUAAAAGCACAACAGUGCAACAACGAAAAACUUCUGGAGAAUCCUUACCUCCAAAUGCGUGGAAUAAUACAGCUAUCAAAUUAUCUUGGAACUAAAUUAUAAAGUUGAAGAUUAUAUCAAAUUUGGUGGUAUCAAUGUACACAACCAUUAAGGUCUGGUGGAACUUGAUGCUCAUUCCCCUAGUAGUGCUCCUAAGGGAUGCCAGUUGGAAUACCUAGACUGGACUUGGCACAGGCGAUACCAUAAGUUUUGUUUGCAGGUGUUCAAGCAAAGCUUGUCAAUGAGCAUUUUGGCUGGAUAAAUAUUAUCAGUUGAAGCAUGUGAUGUACAAGGGACCUUUUGAGUUACUUAUUUCAUUUAAUUGAUUUAAAUUAUUUUCUGCAAGUCACCAUCAGCAAAGGAAAAAUCAUUCACCAUUCAGGUAAAAGUAUUCCCUCCAUUAGUACUAAAUCCUACCUGUCAUUUAUGUAGAGGAGGUGAAGUUUCAACCCUUCCAUAAGAAACAAGCUCUUCAUUUCUUUGGUUAUAGAUGGAAUAGUCAUCAGGAUUUGAAGAUAGGGUUCUGCUGCUUGAUGAGCAACCAUUUUUUUGCAAUUAAAUUUUGGAAUCAUACUUGCAGUGCUGAGGUUCUUGCAGGUUUUUUGUGAGGCAUCCUCAGGUAAUAAAAAUUUUUAGUGUGUUCCGUAGAAGACCAACAUCAUGAGAACAAGCCCCUGAUCUUGUAUAAUAUUGGAACAAGUGAAGGUCCGUGCUUUUCCAGAUGGCAUUGUCUGUGCUGUGGGGACUGCUUGUCUAUAUUUGAUCCGUUGUCCUUGAUCCUAAGUGUAAAUGUAUGAGGUAUAUCAAUGAAUUUUGGUUAGCUUCAGUUACAUCUCGUCAUUUUGUAUGUAUUGUUUUUGUGUCCUUGCUGUAGGAUAUUUCAAUGAUGAGAAAAUGUGUAUUAAAAAGUUUUGCUAAAAAUAUAAAUAAGAAGUUUGUAUGCUUU